AUGGCGAGCUUUCAGCUGGCUCAGGUCAACCUGAGCUGGACGGCACUUUUGACGCUGGCUCACUUCACAUACCUGCUUAUCGGAGCCACCAUCUUCCAGAUGCUGGAAAGAGAAGCCGAGAGCAACAACCGAAACCACUUCCAGCUGGAGAAGCUGAAUUUUUUGGCCAAUUACACCUGCCUGGAUGGACCUGCUCUGGAGAAAUUUGUUCAGGUGAUUUUAUAUGCCUGGGAAAAGGGGGUGAAUCCCUCGGGCAACUCUACAAACCCCAGUAACUGGGAUUUUAGCAGCUCCUUCUUCUUUGCAGGGACAGUGGUCACAACUAUUGGUUAUGGCAACCUCUCUCCGAGCACCAUGUCUGGUCAGGUGUUUUGUGUGUUUUAUGCACUGUGUGGCAUCCCACUGAACCUGGCGUUUCUCAAACAGCUGGGCAAAUGGCUCACCAUCCACCUGGGCCGACUGGAGCGAGGGAUGGUGGCAGUUGUUCCCCGCAAGAGGGCUGUUGAAGCUUUGACAGUGAGUUUCUUCUUCAUCACUGGCAGCCUGCUUUUUCUGGUCAUCCCUCCUCUGCUGUUCAGUUACGUGGAAGGUUGGACAUUUGGCGAGGGCUUCUAUUUUUCCUUCAUUACCCUCAGUACCAUUGGGUUUGGGGAUUAUGUUGUGGGGACUGACCCGGAGAAGGAGUACAUCUCUCUUUAUCGCAGCCUGGCAGGUGUCUGGAUCAUCUUUGCGCUCGGCUGGCUCGCUCUUAUCCUUAACAUGGGAGCCCGAGUCAUGGAAAACGUGGUUGUCCUGACUCAUCCGGGCUUUAAGAGACAAGAGGAGGAUGAAGUAUCCUCCAGUAAACUGGAGGUCACGUCAAAGAACUGA